ACAUUCCACAGAAAACACAAAGAUAAGGUGAUCGACUCGUACAUCCCUUAUGUGUUGGCUCAGGCUCAAGCUAUUAAAGAGGCAGACAAGACUCUGAAGCUUUAUAGUUACAACGUUAAACGUUGGAGUUGCGUGGACCUUGAGCACCCUGCUACUUUCGAUACAAUAGCAAUGGAGCCGGAGCUGAAGAGAAUGAUCAUAGAGGAUUUGGACAAGUUUGUGAAGAGGAGGGAGUUCUACAAGAGAGUUGGCAAGGCUUGGAAGAGAGGCUACUUGUUGUUUGGUCCACCCGGUACUGGAAAAUCCAGCUUGGUUGCAGCCAUGGCUAAUCAUCUCCAUUUUGAUAUUUAUGACUUGGAACUCACUAGUAUUUCCAGCAACGAUCAAUUGAGGAAGGCCUUGGGGUCUACUACGAAUCGUUCUAUUGUGGUGUUUGAGGAUAUUGAUUGCAGCAAGGAAUCUGUAAACCGGGAAUCAGCAGAGAGCAAGAGCUUUAUGCAGAUGUUUUCGGAUGCUGAAUCCAAGUUUACACUCUCAGGUCUACUGAAUGUAGUCGAUGGUCUGGGGUCAAGUUCCGGAGAUGAGAGGAUUAUAGUGUUCACCACCAACCACAAGGAGCGGCUAGACCCUGCAUUGUUGAGGCCUGGUCGAAUGGACAUGCACAUUCACAUGUCUUACUGCACCCCAAAAGGGUUCAAGACCUUAGCCUCAAACUACCUUGGCAUUCAGGACACCAACGAACAUCACCUGUGUAGAGAAGCUGAAGCAUUGAUGGAGAGCACAAACAUCACCCCUGCAGAGGUUUGUGAGGAGCUUAUGAGGGGUGGGGGUGAUAGUGCUGAUGAUGCUCUUGAAGGACUUGUCAAUUGCCUCAAGCGUAAGAGACUCGAGAGCUGCAAAAUAGAGGAAGAAGAAAUGGGAAAAUCAAAGAGGCAGAAGCCAGAUAACAAUGCUUCUGAAAUUUCCGAGAAUUGGUAG